AUGGGCAAGUCAAACUUGGAUUUGGUUUGCGAAUGUGACAACUUCCCCUACUAUGAGGACGACCGUGCCUCAUACACAGCCAAUCUCACCAACUACCACACCUUUAAAGUCACCGGCUACGAUGCUACCCUAGGCUAUAUCCUCAAUUCGGUGGUUGAGAAGUUCCCCUGGUCACCGAACUGCUGGGCAAUCGACUCAACCGCCCGCACUGUGACACUAGUAGCACCAGCAAAUGCCGACCCCGCACUGCGCAGCAAGCUGGUCGCAGAGAGCAUCGCCGAAGCGGUACGACAAGACAAAUUCGAAGUUCUUCGAGGAUGGCGAAACGAGAAAUACCCCGUCUACGGACCAGGCGGUGAAUUCCUCCUUGACAUGGAGCGUUGCGCAUCCCCGCUCUUCGGCAUCGUCUCCUACGGCGCCCACAUGACCUGCUACGUGGAAGAUGCUCAGGGACUGAAAAUCUGGGUCCCACGCCGUGCAAGAAACAAGCAAACCUACCCAGGCCUCCUAGACAACACCGUCGCCGGCGGUAUGUGUACAGACGAGAAACCAUUCGAGUGCAUCAUCCGCGAAGCCAUGGAAGAGGCCUCACUACCCGAAGCAGCUGUCCGAGCUGCGACCGUUUCUCGGGGCUGUGUGACGUACUCGCAUGUUCGUGAUGCGCGUGCUGGCGGUGAGACGGGUCUCAUUCAGCCGGAGGUGGAGUAUGUUUUUGAUUUGAAACUUGAUUCUCAGACUAUUCCCACGCCUGGGGAUAAUGAGGUUGAGGAGUUCAAAUUACUUUCUAUUCCGGAGGUACAGGAGGCUCUGGCACGUGGCGAGUUCAAACCCAACUGUGCUAAUAUUAUGAUUGAUUUCUUUAUUCGGCAUGGCUAUUUGACUCCGGAGAAUGAGCCUGAUUUCUUGGAGAUUGUUGCUCGGUUGCAUCGUCGGUUGGAAUAUCCUACUGCUUCGCAUUGUGCUCGGUAG